AAGUAACCAAUCCAAUCCAAAACAAUGUGAUGUAAUGUUUAGCAAAUGCAAUAUCGUGUAAAUGUAUAUAAAGGAAGAGUUUUUCUGUGUAACUUUGGAUGUGUGGUAUGGCCUAUACCCACCCCUUACGCUUGAGUCUGAUCAACUCAGUGUAGCUUUGCUGUAUGCCAAAUAAAGGAACCUGAGUGACGAAAUCUGGAGUUGAACUGAGAAUUUUGGAUCCCAAAGAACUGGAUGAAGUGUUCUCCCAGAACUGGACAAUGUGUUCUGGAUAAGCCAAGUGGAAAAGGUCUCAGAGGGAAUCCCAACAAAAGACUAAGAAUCUAGCACACUGACUGUGUGUUCAGAGUUGCAGUACACAUUGGAUUGUUUUUAAUUCCUGUUGCUGAGAGAGAAACAACUGGUGCAGUAAAAGCAAGAUUCCUGAUUGCAAAGCACUAGGCAAGUAUACCCUUUGAAACUGAAAACUCAGAAGAAGAACUGGAGACUGGCACUGAACAGGGUAAUUCUGCAGUGGUAAUUUGUUAAGAAGGAGAAACUUUGGGGGAGAUAAAGCAUGGCAGGGGCAAAAAGGAGAAAGAAAAGUGCCGUGUGGAGGAAGAUCCAUGCUCUUCGCUGUGAAGAUAUCAAACUGUGGUGUGUAAGAAGGCUGCCUAUUUUGAAGUGGGCACCCAGCUACAAUGUGAAGGAAAACUUGAUUCCUGAUACAGUCUCUGGGAUGAUGCUGGCAAUUCAACAGGUACCUCAAGGGCUGGCCUUUGCUGUUCUGUCUUCAGUCCAUCCAGUGUUUGGUUUAUAUGGCUCUCUCUUUCCUGUCAUCAUUUAUGCUGUGUUUGGAAUGGGACGCCAUGUUGCAACAGGAACUUUUGCUUUAACUUCCUUGAUAUCUGCCAAUGCAGUUGAACGUCUUGUUUCUCCAGCAAUCAACAAUUUCACUACAAGCAAUAAUUCGGGAGUCUUAGGUUUAUCGGAGUUUGAAAUGCAGAGGAUUGGAGUUGCUGCAGCGGUUUCAUUUUUAGGAGGAAUUAUUCAAGUAGCAAUGUUUGUGCUGCACUUGGGCAGCGCCACGUUCUUGUUGACGGAACCGGUGAUAAGCGCAAUGACAACAGGAGCAGCAACGCAUGUUGUGACUUCACAAGUCAAGUAUCUGCUGGGAAUGAAAAUGCCAUAUAUAUCUGGGCCCCUGGGAUUCUUUUAUAUUUAUGCCUACAUAUUUGAAAACAUCAACUCAGUUCAAUUAGAAGCUUUGAUUCUGUCCUUGGUAAGCCUGGUGGUGCUCGUUCUUGUUAAAGAACUGAAUGAAAAAUUUAAAAGAAAAAUUAAAGUAGUUCUUCCCAUCGAUUUAAUUCUGAUCAUUGCUACAUCCAUUGGCUGCUACUGUGCUGAUAUGGAAUACACGUAUGGCCUAGAAGUUGUGGGACAUAUUCCAGAAGGGAUACCAGCACCGAAAGCCCCAUCCCUGAACAUCCUCUCUGAAGUAGUUACUGAAGCUUUUGGAGUAGCGUUAGUUGGUUAUGUAGCAUCACUAGCCCUGGCUCAAGGCUCUGCUAAACAGUUCAAAUACUCUGUGGAUGAUAACCAGGAGCUUUUGGCUCAUGGCCUCAGCAAUGUGAUUCCUUCAUUUUUCUUUUGCAUACCAAGCGCUGCAGCGAUGGGACGUACUGCACUUUUAUAUAGCACCGGAGCAAAAACACAGGUGGCUUGCCUUAUAUCUUGUAUUUUGAUACUUGUGGUGAUCUAUGCAAUAGGACCGAUGCUAUACUGGCUGCCCAUGUGUGUUCUAGCAAGUAUCAUUGUUGUGGGUCUAAAGGGAAUGCUAAUGCAGUUCCGUGAUUUAAAAAAAUAUUGGAAUGUGGAUAAAAUAGAUUGGAGCAUAUGGGUUAGUACCUAUGUAUUUACAGUAUGCUUUGCUGCUAACGUGGGACUAUUGUAUGGAGUUGUCUGCACUAUAGUUAUAGUGAUUUUCCGCUUCCAAAGAGCAAAGACACUGAGUUUGAAAAAUAUGAAAGAAGUGGAAUGUAAAUUCAAAACAGAAGCUGAUCAUGAAUCUUUACAACAGGUAAAGAUAGUUUCAGUGAACAACCCACUAGUAUUUCUGAAUGCCAAGAAGUUCCAUCAUGACCUAAUAAGGAUAAUCCAGAAGGAUAGUGCAAGCACCCAGCCACAUGAUGAUCUAAACAAGUGUGAACAGAACACGUUGCUCAAUCCAGUAUCCAAUGGAAAUUGUCAUGGUGAGCUGUCAUUACAGCCAUGCCCCAACGAGAGAUGUGCUUUAAUAUUAGACUGCAGUGGACUGACUUUCUUUGACUAUACCGGAGUCUCUGUGCUUCUUCAGAUUUACAUGGAUUUUAAAAACAGAAGUAUCGAUGUGUUACUAGCACAUUGUAAAGCGUCCUUGGUAAAAGCAAUGCAGUACAGUGGAAAUCUAGGAUCUGAAAAUCCUAUCUUCUUUGAAUCUGUUUCCUCUGCAAUUGGUGCCAUUCAUUUAAACAGGAAUUUCAGAAAACUCAGUGAUCACAGUGAAGUGUGAAGUCUACAUGACGCAGGGUGGCUAUUUUGAUCUGCUAACAUACAGAAUGAACUACGGCAUUGCUUUUCCUUACAUCUUUUUUCAUGAGAUCACGUAGGUAGUAUUUUGUAUGCCAAAUAUGUUUAAUGGACAUCAGUGCUGCCAAAGAUUUCUCUUCAGUUACUGCUGCUGAGAGAGUGUUCAUACAAUGGAUUGUUCUAUUGUGGAUAUAUAUAUAGUAUUUUUGUACACGUUUAGAUACAAAAUAUUAGAAAGCAGACAUGGGAUAUCAACAUUUUAUUACAGUGAUUUAUAUUGUUUUAGCUCAUUCUAUAGUAACUUAAUUUGUAACGCACAACUAUAGUUUUGUGCAUGGAAGAGUAAGACAUUAUGAACUUUUGCAAAUGAUCUGUAGUGACUGGUGCGGUAUAUGCAGCAUACCAUAUACAAAACCCAAUUUUGUUUCAAAUAUCUGCUUUAAUCCUUUUCUUAAAACCAAACACAUGCAAUAGCAACAUCAUAUUGUAUAACCCUGUGCACUUAACCCAGUCCUGCAUUUCUUGCACACUUAAUCCUUGUAUACUAUUUAAUGCCCAAUGGGAGUUUUGGGUGUGCAAAGAAUACACUGGCUUAGUACAUGUUAUCAUGUCUCCCUCCAGAGACCGGUGCCAGUGACUAUUACAGCUUGCUGUUUUGUUAAACCAGAGGAGUUCGUUAGUUCAAGUGGAAGAAGAGGCUUUUACUUUUGGUUCUAAAGGUCCCAGGUUUGAUCCUCACUGAUGCGUGUGGAGUCUGCAUACGUAUGUGACUCUGGCUCAAUACACAAUCUCAGGCCCAAGAAUAUUAUGGGUCACACUCUCAAUUUGUAUAAAUCCACAUAGCUCCAUUGACUUUAAUGGAACUGCACAAAUUUACACCACUUGAGGAUCUAGCCAAAACAUCAUAUCAUGGAACAGAUUUUCAAAAAUAGGCCUAAAAUUGCACAUGCAGGACGUAUAUUUUAGUGGGCAAAUGAGCAAUUGUCCACUAUGAAGGUGGGAUAAUGAUGUGUUCAGCUGCCCAGUUGCACAUGUAAAGGUGGGUCUUGUACAUAGAAGCUGAUGCAUGAAUAUUUUUGGGACAGCAAUUUGAAAGUUUGGCCUUGUAAAUUCUGGGUCAGAUUUACCAGAGUAAAUCAGUGUGUGCUGGAGUGGGGCAGUGUACAGCGUAAUCUGUCCCUCUGUAAAAUUGAGAAAUUGGCCUAAUUUAUUAUUAACCUUCUGAUUAAAAAAUGAAGUGAUUACUAGAGUGCACUGAUAGCUAUGUGUUAUCUAGUUCCUUCUUUCUAAAGGUAAAUGUUAGUGUCAUUAAAUUAAGUCCCCAAAGCAUUGCAAAAUAAGGCAAGAUGACUGUUUGUAGCUAGUCUGAGGUACCUUCAAUGCUUUAUUUACACUUUACUGAUUUGCUGUUUGUCAGAAGUACUGAAGUCUCUCCCAAGAGAUUAUUGGUUCCAUAUCACAGAGACAGCACCCACUAUUUAAUUUUCAGGUAGUUCAUUUAUAUUGUAAUGUACUGGAUAGUGUGUAUGUAUACGAUUGCUCCUUUACUGGAUGGAAUCACAGCUGCUCCACUGUUUGUUAUUGGUGCUAACCUGUUAACCGUUAAAGGAAAUUCUCUUUUAGUUCAAGUGCUACUGCUUGUUAGGAUCCGUCCUUCUGGACCAGAAUCAUCUGAGUUCUCUCUCCAUGUUCCAAAUGGCUAUGAUACGCAGCAUAGUGACAACCAGGGGAAGCGGGGAAGGAGAAGGGAAGAAGAGGGCAACAGGUAUGGAUGGUCACAGGACCUCAAGGGGUAGACAUCUCAUGUCGAGAGAAAGGUAGCCCCAUUGGGGGACUAGUCACUCAAACCUCAGAAGAGGCAUACCAAAAGGUUUAUGAACCUGUCAGAGAACUAGAUUUGAGAUUUGUGCUGGCUCUGAGUUUGAGAUUUUAACAUAAUUUUUCAUCAAAUUUUUAAAAUUUACUUAAAAAACGGGGAAAACGACAACAUUUUUGCCAGAAUGGUUUCUUGUUUCAAUCAGCCCAAAGUUGCUCUACUAGUUUGAGGUCUGACUUGAGUUUCAUUAAAAUUUGCAAUAUGUUAUAGAUUGUUGUAAGCAGCUGUGACAGUCAACACCAUAACACACAAGUCACAUUACAACUGAAAACAAUGUGCAAUACAGAAUAAGAUUAUUCCAAAAACAUUUACAACAUACAGUGCUGCUAUGUAUUUAUGUAUCUGUGAUACACACAGAAUGAAAGACAAAUGUGCUUAUGUAAAAGGGUCCAAGAAACCACAGUUCAAAUAUGUAUCUUGAAAUACGUUGGAUAAUGCUGUUUACGGUUAUAGGUAUCGUGUGGUAUUUGUUGAUCUGUGAAACAACUGCAGUAAAAUGUGAGGGUCCAGUAAGUUAUAUAGCCCAGCAUGAGCCUACUUAAAAAACAGAAAGCAAGAGGAAAUGGGAGAGCAUAUAUUCCCCACAACACUCUCCCAGCCUCACUCUGAGCUGUGGAUUCCUUCCCCCACCGACUUAAAGGGAUAGGGAGGGUGAAAGGAAAGUGAGCAGGACACAUGACUUCUAAGAGUCAUUUUGGCAAAGCAGAGAGAAUGGUAGUGUCAGGCUGCCCUGUUCAGAUGGAAGGAAACAGGCAAGAUCAAAGUCCAGGCAGCCAGUUCCUGGCAGCAGAGUCUGGCUAGACUUUCCCUGCUACACCAAUCCCAACCAGUUAUCUCCAGCAGAUGUGUGUAUUGCAGGAGGCUAGGGAGUAUCACUGGUUCCUGACCCUCUGCAUGUCUAUGCCACGGAUGGCUUUUCCCUCAUGUUUGUUCUGUCCCUUCACCUGAUUAAUAAAGAUUUUGGGGAGUGGAGGUGUAUAAUGCUGUAUUUCACAGGCUGUAGGGGAAUCCUGGAGUUGUUUCCCUCACUGCCUUGUAGAUGCUCACAAGUUUCUUAGUCAGACUUUGUUAUGGUUGCAUUUAUAAAUGGUUUGUAAAGGGUUGAUUAAUAAAUGUUAAAAGCAUGUUACAGGCAUGGAUAGUAUGUUCUACAGGUAGUUGUAAGAUCAGUGUUCUAGAUGGUUGCAAGCAACAUGUUGCCUUGUUGAACUCUAUAACAGUCUGUAACAAUUGAUUAAUCAUUUGCUAAAACAGCUAUUAAUAAUUUAUUAACCCUUUGUAAACUAUUAUUAAAUGUACCCUUAAUUGUGGAAGCACCACUUGAAGUUCUAUAGUUAAGUUUUGCACAUAAGCAAGAGGUUGAUCCCCUUCUUUAUCUAUGAAAGAUGCAGCAUCUCCUCCCCAAAACUACAGCAUUUACUCUACUACAGAGUGCAUUUUCUGAUAACUUUAAAAUAAAUCGAUUAAUGAGUUUAACUUAGAAGAUAAUUAAAAAAGAGGGUUAUUUAAGAAAUUCAGCACUCCGCAUCAGAGCAUUUUUUGUGUUGAAGUACCUUAAUAAUGGAACAAAAAAUGUACCUCAAACUUCCCUUAUUGUUAAAACUCACUGAAAUUUUCUGCAUAAGCUUCAUUUGAAAACAUUUGGUAGGAUUAAUGGUCAUUUCUCCUUGUUAUUCUUCAUAACUAAAAGAUCCUCUUACAACAGGUGCUAAUGAAUAACAUUCUACUACAGAGAAUUCAACACAGAACUACCCUCUUUCAAAAUAGUUUCCAUUUCAUUAUUUUCAGUGAGACUAAGGUAAUGCCUUAGUGUAUGCAGUCUUGUUGUAGCUAUGUUGGUCCCAGGAUAUUAGAGAGACAAUAUGAGUGAGGUAAUUCCUUUAUUGGACCAACUUCUGUUGGUGAGAGAAAAGCUUUUGAGUUAUACAGAGCUCUUCUUCAAGUCUGGGAAAGAUACCCAGAGGGUAUGUCACUGUAGUUAGACACCUGCAGCUGGCCCAUACCAGAUGACUCGGGCUCGUGGGGCUUGGGCUAAGGGGCUGUUAAUUGCAGUGUAGACGUCUGGGCUUGGGCUGCAACCCAGGCUCUGGGAUCCUUAACCCAAGCUCACAACCCUGAGUCAGCUGGCAUGGGCCAGCCGCAGGGUUUUAAUUGCUGUGUAGACAUGCCCAGAGUGUCAGAGCUAAAUACAAGAUUGAACAGAUAGCUUAACAUAAGUAAUUUGCACAUAUUUUAAGGGACCAUUCAAGGUGAAGUGGCCCAUUAGCACCCCUGUAGUCAUAGGAUAUAAAGGGGAUUAGUGGGUUACACAUUGUUGUAAUAAGCCAUAAAUCCAGUGCCUUUAUUAAGACCAUGAUUUUUAAUGUCUAGCAAAGUUAUGAAUUUAAGCUCCCAGCUCAUCUUUUGAAAGUGUUGUGCAGGUUUCCUUUGAGGAUGAGGACUGAUAGGUCAUGUAUUGAGUGAUCACUUUGUGAAAAAUGUUCACCCACAGGUGAUGGGGUGUUUUCGUCUUUUGUCAUUUGUCUUUUAACAACCAUGAGCCACAUUCAAUGGGGACCUCAUCCUGAAGGAAAUCUUUCUUGAACCCCCCUCUUCUGGCCUGCAAACAACCCCCCUAACCUCUCCAAGCUCAUCAUCAGAGGUAAGCUGCCUACAGACCAGGACACAUCAACUCAAAGUGGUGCCAAACCUUGCCAGAACAACAGAUGCAAAACCUGCAGGCAUAUCUCCACUGCUACAAUGAUCAACACACCUUUUAGGAUUCAGGGGUUCUACACGUGCAUAUCACAACAUGGUGUACCUCAACCAGUGCCCUAAAAACCCUAAUAACAACUGUGUAGGUGAAACCAGACAAUCACUACUCUCUUGAAUGAACUCACACAGGAAAAUGAUAAAAGACAAAAACACCAUAUCACAUGUAGGUGAACACUUUCACAAAGUGAUAACUCUGUGUCUGACAUAUCAGUCCUCAUCCUCAAAGGAAACCUGCACAACACUUUCCUUUAUUAUAGAUUAUCUCUGUCUUCCCUAAGGCCAGCUGGCAGGAUGCAGCAGAACUGAGACAUAAGUGCUCAUAAACUUCAGUACAAGACUGCAAACUAGCUUCCCCAAAGUUAUUCAGCUGACUCAGCAGGGUAUAGUGGGUGAAAUUCACCCCUAUUCAGAGGGUCAAUACAAAGUCUAUACACUAUUUACUAACUUUUAGUGGUCUAUUGGCCUUGUACUGGCCCACUGCACAUGGGUGAAUUUCAUCCAGUAGAAUGAAGGGACUUAGUUAUUGUGCCUAUUGAGCCAGACAGUCACUUUUCCAUAUUCUAGUCUUAUCUGAACACCCCUGAAACACCUGGGGACCUGCCACUGUAUUAAGUAAUAGGGUUUUUAGAUAAGUGAGGUUUGGAUAAAUGAGUUUGUCCUGCAGUCUCAGUGAAGACAUUAUCCUGCGAGGUGCUGAAUUCCCUCAACUCCCAUUCAAAGGCAUUUCAAAGGGGGCUGGGGUCAACGGGCUAGGGGAAGCUUCAUGUUUACUAUUAAACAAGUAAAGGAGGCAUAUAAAAAUUAAGCAAGUAGGGGCUCUGGGUGCUAAGCACCUUUAAAAAUAAGGCCACUUAUUUAGUUGUCUAAAUAUUAAUUUAGAUGCUCAACUUUGCACUCCCAAGUCUCAAAGCAGUAAACUUAGACUUCAUGUAGCUUAUGAAAAUCAGUAGUACAGUAUUUAGAGUUUGGGUAUGUGGCACUUUAUAGGAGGGCAUUGGCUUGUAUUUGUUUUCAAGAGGAGGUCAGUAUUUUCAGAGCUCUUAUAUUUAUUUGACAUUUUGCUGUCUCCUUUUUUAGGCAUUAAUUCCAAAUCCCUAUAAUUUGAAUUAUGAUUUUCCCCUCUUAGAAUGUGUCCUUCAACACUUACUUAAAAUACAGGUAUCAGCUUCUACUUCUUAAAGCGUUAGCAUUUCAUUCAUUCCAAAACAAAGCAAGUGAAGAUUAAAAAAAAUAGAAUUCAGAACCAGUGUUAAGAAACAAACAUGGUGACAAUUAUAAAUUAGGCAUAAAAUAUGUAAUAAGGGGAAGAUUGUUAACAUUAUAUUUAUGCAAAUUAAAUAGCCUUAAUUUUCAUCAUAUAUCUUUCAUUUUAAAGGUUAUUUGCCCUGAUUCUAUGAUUCAAGUGUCACAAGGUCUGGCUUUAGCUGCUUUGCCGUAAUUUAUUUGACAGCUCUAUAUGCUAUAAAUAUAUAAUGUAAUGAGGAAAGGUAUCUUCAUUGUUUAAUGAAAACCUUAAUGUGUCAAUAGUGUGUACGGAUAUUGUUUGACAUUUACUGGUUACCAAAAUAAAUUAAUGAAUUGGUGAACAUACCGUAUGCCUUGAAAAUAAUGCACUCCUAUGCAGGGAAGCAUACUUCCCUCUCUACAGAAAGUGCUCUCUCAUAAAUAAAUGAAUGAGUGCAGUUCCAGUCUGGAUGUUAAAUGGGGCUUUCAUCAUUAAAAUUGAUUUUUAGUAAAGAUCACAUAAUCUGCACAUUCCCAUAUGUUGUACAAUACGUUUAACGGGGAUUUUUUUUGUUUGUAAUUUUUUGUAUUAGCCUAUGCAACAAUACAUUUAUAUGGAAAUAAAUUGAAACAUGGGAAUUUACAAGUGGAAA